AAGCGGCGUCGCGCUCACUCUCACGCACGACAGACAACAUGGCGGACGUCUUGGAACUUCACGAAGCGGGAGGCGAGGACUUCCCAAUGGAUGAGGAUGAAAGCAUCCAUAAGUUGAAGGAGAAAGCCAAGAAGAGGAAAGGACGCGGCUUUGGUGCUGAUGAAGGUACCAGAUCGCGAAUGAAGGAGGACUACGACACUGUGGAGCAAGAUGGAGAUGAACCAGGCCCCCAGAGAUCUGUGGAGGGCUGGAUCCUGUUUGUGACGGGCGUGCAUGAAGAGGCCACAGAAGAAGACAUCCACGACAAGUUCUCUGAGUUUGGAGAGAUCAAGAACCUGCACCUCAACUUGGAUCGCAGAACGGGAUACCUCAAGGGUUACACGCUGGUGGAGUACGAGACCUACAAAGAGGCCCAGGCCGCCAUGGAGGGUCUCAACGGCCAGGAUAUGAUGGGCCAGCCUAUCAGCGUUGAUUGGAGCUUUGUCCGGGGGCCACCCAAAAACAAGAGAAGGACGGGUGGACGUCGACGCAGCAGAAGCCCUGACAGGCGACGACGCUGACACCAUCUUCCUAAAGAUUAUUUGUUGUUUUUUCCAUUCGAACAACAUUUCUAUUUGACUUGACAGUUAGUCCGAAGUAAAGUUUGGCUUAAAAAGUAAGCAUCAGCCAUUGUUGUACUUUGCUGAAGCUGCUGUAGAAUCAAAAAUGUUGAGACUUUUUGUUUCCUUGUUUUUUUUAUUUGAUCUUUUAAAUGUGUUUUGUUGUGCACAACUGUCUUUGUUUUAUAUGACUUGGGCAAUAUUAAACUUUUUGAAAUGG